AGAGUGUAUAGCCAUUAAGCAAGGAAUGAACCCAUCACCGUGGCAAUAAUACCACAAGUGAAAGGAAUAACCUUUACAUUGGAAGCAGUCGCUUAAAAGAGAGUCCACCGGUCAGCCUUGUCAUCAUGGCCAGCGGUCCGGGCGUGAGGGUCAGCAUCGAGUCUUCCUGUGAGAAGCAGGUGCAAGAAGUCUCCUUAGAUGGAACCGAGACGUACGUGCCGCCCCUGUCCAUGUCCCAGAACUUGGCCAAGUUGGCGCAACGGAUAGACUUCAGCCAGGGAUCCGACUCUGAAGAGGAGGGAGCCGAAGGCGAAUCCCGGGAUCGCGAGUGGUGCAAGCAGGAGCAGGAAGAAGAAGAAGGCACAGUGAAGUUUCAACCGUCCCUUUGGCCUUGGGACUCUGUGCGGAACAACUUGCGCAGUUCCUUGACGGAAAUGUGUGUCCUCUAUGAUGUGCUCUGCGUGGUGAAGGAGAAAAAGUACAUGGCACUAGACCCAGUGUCUCAAGAUUCGUCCAUGAGCAAGACCCCUCAGGUGUUCCAGCUGAUGAGCAAAAAGAAAUCGCUGGCCACUGCAGCGCAGCUCCUCCUGAAGGGUGCUGAGAAGCUCAACAAGUCUGUCGCAGAGAACCUGGAGAACCGGAGGCAGCGAGACUUCAACUCCGAGCUGCUGCGACUGCGCUCACAGUGGAAGCUGCGCAAAGUUGGUGACAAGAUCCUCGGAGACCUCAGCUACAGGAGUGCAGGCUCCCUCUUUCCUCAUCACGGCUCAUUCGAGGUGAUCAAGAACACAGACAUCAAUCUGGACAAAAAGAUCCCAGAGGACUACUGUCCCCUUGAUGUGCAGAUUCCCAGUGAUUUAGAGGGAUCUGCCUAUAUCAAGGUUUCCAUCCAGAAGCAAGCUCCAGACAUCGGUGAUCUCGGAACAGUUAAUUUGUUCAGGAGACAACCGAAAACCAAAGGAGGUUCUCAGCCGUGGCACGUAAAGCUGGAGGCGGCUCAGAAUGUUCUGCUUUGCAAGGAGAUCUUUGCGCAACUGUCUAGGGAAGCGGUCCAAAUCAAGUCCCAAAUCCCUCACAUUGUCGUGAAGAAUCACAUCAUCUCACAGCCCUUCCCAGGACUACAACUGUCCAUCUCGUUGUGCCACUCGACGGCAGAGAAGAAGAACCACCGGGCAUCUCCAGAGAAACCCAAACCAGAUGACCAUCUUUAUGUAUUGGAACAUAACCUGCAUCAGAUGAUGCGAGAGUUCCACAAGCAGCAGCUGAGUUCCAUCAUGAUGCCACAUCCCGCCACCGCCCCCUUUGGCCACAAGCGCCUGCGUCUGGCCGGACCACUGGCCUACGACAAGGCAGAGAUUAGCGGCUUGCAGCAGCGAGAGGGUCUCCUGGAGAAGAUCAUCAAACAGGCCAAGCACAUCUUUCUACGUAGCCGGACCGCGCGCACCAUCGACAGCCUGGCUAGCCGCAUUGAAGACCCCCAAAUCCAAGCUCACUGGUCCAACAUUAACGACGUGUACGAGUCCAGCGUCAAAGUGUUGAUCACCUCUCAGAGCUACGAGCAAAUCUGCAAGUCAAUCCAACUGCAGCUCAACAUUGGUGUGGAGCAGAUCCGAGUGGUCCACCGAGACGGACGUGUCGUCACUCUGUCACAUCAGGAGCAAGAGCUUCAGGACUUCCUCCUCUCACAGAUGUCCCAGCACCAGGUGCAUGCCGUGCAGCAGCUGGCCAAAGUGAUGGGCUGGCACGUGCUAAGCUUCAGCAACCACGUCGGCCUCGGCCCAGUGGAGAGCAUUGGGAACGCCUCCACCGUCACCGUGGCCUCCCCCAACGGAGAGUACGUCAUCUCAGUGCGUAACGGUCCCGAAAGCGGGUGCAGGGUUUUGGUCCAGUUCCCCCGUAGUCAGACCAAGGAGCUGCCCAAGAGCGAGGUCAUCCAGGACGCCAAGUGGAGCCACCUGAGGGGUCCGUACAAGGAGGUCCACUGGAACAAGAUGGAGGGACGCAACUUUGUCUACAAAAUGGAGCUCCUCAUGGCCGCUCUUAGCCCUUGCCCUUAAACACAACCCUCCCUGGAUGGACAAGCAAUAGGUGAUGGUUGCCUGCUCACUCGUUGGCUCAUGUAUGUACACUUUUGUCUAUGAGAGAAAAUAAAGAGCAAAGUCUGCUGGUA